CACACACACACACACACAAAAGUUUCGAGUCCACUGUGAGCCUGAAGAGUUACUCCAGCAAUUCUGUUGCUCUGGUUUAGUUGUGGUGGGUGCUGUGGCGCCUGCGCAGUGGGAUGAGCUGGGCAGUGAACGGGCUGAGUAAAGCUGGAACCUCUGCUCUCACUCAGGCAGCUGUCACUGUGGAAGGAGCUGGGAAGAAGUGAAGCCCCUUCCCCUUGAGGGGGGGAAAAGACACACAGUGACACCGUGAGUCCAAAUGGUGUAGCUGUCUCCUGGGGAAGAAAAGUCAGUACGGGCCACUCUGCAUUUCCAUGCAAGCUGCAGGCGUGCAGAAGAACUACAUGGUUAUUAUGUAAUGGCGACCAGUGUCUGAUAUUUCUGCAGUCAUGUCAUUAGCAGAAAUGGAUCUUGUGACUGUUUUGGAGCAGCUACGUGAUGCAAGAUACAUCAAAGUGAGAUAUUCUUGGAGCAUAUAUCAGACACAUACAAUGUACUGCUACAGAGUUGGAAUCUUUCCCUGAGGUUGAGAAAGGUCAUAUACAGAGGUCAGUCUCGCUAAACUCUGAAGCCAUCCCAGAUACCGCUGAGAAUGUCAGGCCUGGUUGAGCUGCAGCGAGGGAGUUUUUUUAAGCUAAUUGACACACUUGCCAUAGAGAUUGGAGAACUGAAGAUGGGCCAUUCCAUUCCUGACUUGGAUGAAGAUGCUCAGUACGCCCAGUGGUUGAGAGCACAAGGGGACAUGGAUUAUGACUAUCAGCAAGAAGAAGCUGCUAGGUGCUGGAUGAGGGAUUCUGGCUAUGAAAGCUUCUUAUGUAACCUCAGCAUCUUUGAUCGGCUUCUGCACACCCAUCCAGUCUGGCUGCAUCUCACUCUGAGCGAUGAGGACGCGCUGCGCAUUUUGCAGCCUGAGGAUGCUGGGAUCUUUCUGGUCCGGAGAUCGUGCAGGACACAGAAGAAGAUUAUAUCCAUGCGUUUGCCUGAGUCGGGAUCUCAUUUUGUUCAAGAUUUUCCAAUAAAGGAAAGCCAGUAUACUUUCUCACUCGAAGGAUCCUGCUUGAGCUUUGCAGAUUUAUUCAGGCUCAUCGCUUUCUACUGUAUCAGCAGGGAUGUGCUGCCUUUCCCUUUAAAGUUGCCUCACGGAAUCACAACUGCCAAGACUGAGACAGAGCUGGAAGCAAUUGCAUUCCUGGGUCUGGAGUUCUGGAGUUCUCCCGUGUACAAGAGAGUUGCCAAGAGUUCUGCACCUCCUACUAGUCCCCUCAAUGCAUGCAGCGUGAGCACGGGAACGAAGCGCACCCCGCUCUUAAAUGGAGUGCAUUCCAUACAAACGCGGACGCCUUCAGAGCUGGAGUGCAGCCAGACCAAUGGUGCUUUAUGCUUUAUAAACCCUCUGUUCUUGGAGGUGCACAGCAAAGACGCUAACGGCAGCCUCAAAAGGCAGGCUGCCAAAUCCACGGAGACGGGCCGGCCCUAUUCUGUACCGGCUCGACCCCCGCCGCCCCGGCUGCCCGUGAACAUGGAGCAGACCCAGAGCCCUGCAGCCGACGACGACGACGAUGGGAACGCGGGCCACUGCAAACAGCCCGAGGCCAAAGCGGUUCCCAUCCCGCCGCCCCGCAUCAAGAAACAAGCCAGCGGCGGUGAGGUGGAGAGGGGCUCGGCACCUCUCCUGGGAGCCGCCCAGAAACCGGCAGCAGUGGGAGGGGAGGAGGCAGGCGCCGGCAGCAAGAACGAAGCUGCUUGCCCCACCAGCCCAGCGCUGCAAAGCAAAGGCAAGCAGCGCCUCAGCGACCUGAGCAUGUCCACCACCUCCACCGAGUCCGAUUCCAGCACCAUGGAGGUGAAACGUGAUUGCCCUUCCAGCCUGGAAGGGGACACCAACAGCAGCCUGGAGGAUUCCGACGCAGACAGCGACCAGGAGGUCCUGCCCCCUCCCUGCGUCCCCAAGAAGAAGAGGCACGCUUCCUUCGUCUUCCCCAAGAUCGUCAAGUCCCACAUCCAGAAGGUCAGCGGCGUCUUCAGCUCGUUCAUGACCCCGGAGAAAAGGAUGGUGAAGAAAAUCGCCGAGAUGUCCCAGGACAAGCGCACCUACUUCGGCUGCCUGAUUCAGGACUACAUCAGCUUCUUCAAGGAGAACAAAGACUGCCACGUCUCCAGCACUGACAUGUUGCUCACUGUCCGCCAGUUCAUGACCCAGGUUAAAAGUUACUUGCUCCAGAGCUCGGAGUUGGACCCACCAAUAGAAACCCUCAUCCCAGAAGAUGAAAUAGAUUUUGUUUUGGAAAAAGCAAUGCACAAAUGCAUUCUGAAGCCCCUGAAAUCAUACAUCUAUGCGACUUUGAAACAAUUCCAUGUGUCCGAUGGCUCCUGGAAGCAGCUGAAAGAGAACCUGGUGUCUGUUAAACAGAAAGUCCCUCAGGAGCUAGGAGUAGAUGCUGCAGUCCCUGAUACUGUCACCUUGGACAAAAUAAAGCACAAGUUUUCAAAUAUGCACAAGGCCUACUCUCCUGAGAAGAAGGUGUGUCUGCUACUAAGGGUCUGUAAAGUUAUCUACAGUGUUAUGGAAAACAACUCAGGAAGGUUAUAUGGGGCUGAUGACUUCCUGCCUAUGCUGACCUAUAUAGUAGCCCAGUGUGACAUGCCAGAGUUGGAGAUUGAGAUUGAAUACAUGAUGGAAUUGUUGGACCCAUCACUACUGCAUGGCGAAGGCGGCUACUAUCUGACCAGUGUAUAUGGAGCCCUCUCACUAAUAAAGAAUUUCCAAGAAGAUCAGGCAGCCAAGUUAUUGAGCUCACAAACCAGGAAUACUCUAAACCAGUGGCACAAGAGAAGGACAGCAGACAGCAGAACAGCUCCUUCAGUCGAAGACUUUCAAAACUACCUGCGUGUGGCCUUCAACAACACGACAAGCGGUUGCACGGCCAAGACGUUACUGGUGAGACCAUUUACCACAACACAGGAGCUAUGUGACCUCUGUGCAGCCAAAUUCCAGGUUCAGGACACUGAAAACUACAGCCUCUUCCUUCUCAUUAAUGACACCUGGCAGCAGUUGGCUCCUGACACCUUCCCACAGAAAAUCAAGGCAGAGCUGCAUAGUAGACCUCAGUCGCAGAUGUUUUAUUUUGUCUACAAGCGCCUUCACGGUGACCUUCCCAACAAUGCCAUUGAGAACAGCAACAUGGCUCCAGAAGAAUGCAGCGUCACCUGUUAAACAAUGAGACCUAUCCACUGCUUUCAUAUCAUCGGGCAUCUUGGACGUUGUCUCAACUUUUAUGUUAAUUAGUUUUUGUAGCAUGCCAGGGAUAUAUAUUCUUACAACCCAGUAAACCUUCAUAGGUGAACCAUUGCUGACGUCCUUGGAAGUGGGCGUGUGUGUAACACUUGGCUAAAGACGCAGCUGGUUAUUGGGGUUUUGCAUUGUAUUGCAAUGGAUAUUCACUCUGUGCGUGACAAAGUCCAGUCAGAUGCAAUGCAUCAGUGAGAACUGUCACAGUAGCUGGAUGAUUUGCAUCCUACUCAUAAAGACUGAACAAGUGGGAAUAAAAUCAGUUUGGGCGCAGGCUGCAUAAAUGGUUUUAUGUUUAUAGGAAGACUGUGUUUCUGUGGAUCCCAGAGACAUUAAUUUGGUAGCAGUUGCUGGUUAACUGAAAUUUUUUUUAAAGUUAUUUUUUUAAGCCAGAAAUGAUUAUUCUUGUAAACAUCUGGGCAUAUAAUUGAAAUAAGUGUUGGGUUCUUUUUGUAGUUUUUUUUUAAUUAUUCACACACUAUGCCGAUGGAUUAUUUUUUAUCUCGAGCAUAAGGUAUUUGCUUGAUAAAUGAAAUUGUUUGUUGAAUCAUUUACAACACCGCUGUUGUAGUGUUGUGUUUUAUACUGUUGCAAUGUUUCCUGAUCAGCAGCACCAUCUGUGCCCUUGUUAUUCAGUUCCAAAUGAGGUGCAGCAUCACCCGCGUCAAAUAUUCAGCAAUAUGGCCUGUGUAGGUUGCGUGUGUUUACUGCUCCAUGGCGUCCAAUCCCACACCUCCUUUUCAUAAAGCAAAUACUGUGGCCAGUCCUCGGCACCACCCAUUAAAAAGGGUGGCCAGGCCUCCAAGGGAGUGUGAAAGACAUUUGCUAGAAGGUUAGCAGGGACGUGGGAGUUAAGCUUUGUGGACAGUCUGGAGACACUGCAGUUAUUCUUUUUAGAGCAGGAAAGGUUAAAGGGGCAGUUGAUGGGAGGUGUUCGAAAAUGCAAAGGGCUGACGAGGAGAGAAUGUACCGUGUGAUAGAACAGUUUGAUAAACAAACCACGGAGUUAAACUAAUCAGGACUUGGUGAGAGGACAGCUCAGCCGCAUGAAGGCACGAGAAAUUACUGGGCAAGUUGUUCUGAUCUGGAACCGACUGUUUGAAAAGAGUCACGCAAAGAGAAUCAACAGGAACUUGAUAAAUAGGAAACUGGAAAGAUUUAUGUGACGAUGAGAGAGGACUGGGACCAAUUGGACAGCUCUUUCGAUGGGCGAGUACAGGCCAAAUGGCUUUGUGCCCUCCUGUGUAAUUCUACAAUUCUGUGAAAUAGUUUGAAGAGGGUCAGUGGUGUGGGAAGUGGUGAAAGUGUGGGAGUUAUGGAAUAUUGUUGAACUGGAACUGUGCUCUGUAUCCAGUGUGCACCAUAUCUGAGUGGGGAGUGUUUGUCCAUUGAAGCUGGAUGCUCAAAAUGGUAGUGUUGCACUUCUGAGAAUUAUCUGUCCCUCCCCUUAUUGAGGACCAAAUAAAUGUUAUUGUUCUGGCCUCACAGUGUAGGGAAAAGCUCUAGUGUUAUAGUUAAAGGUGGGCCACAGAAGGUUGACUCAAAGAGGGAGAGACAGCAUGCAAUAUAAAAGGGAAAUAAAAGGACAUUUGAUUAUAGCAAGAUUGAAGGUAGAGUGGACUAGCAGUAUUGAAAGUAAACCUGACCAUUUUAUCGCUAAUGGAAUCCACCCACGCAUUCUCAGUGGAGCUGUUAGAUGGUGGGCAGACUUGGAAAGACAUAUUGAUUUUUUUUACUGUGUUUAUGUUUAGUUGCUACAUCAUUGUGUUUACAUUACUGUAUCUUCACUGCACUCAACUGUCACAUAAACAUUCCAUGCUAACUUUUAUUACAGUGAGAUUACCUUUUAGGUAACCCACAUGAUGCCCUGUAGAAAAUAGUGUCCUUUUGCAUUUUGUGUCUGUAAUUUUGAGGGCCCACUUCUGUAAGUUGGCUGUCAAUGGUUUUGCAUAAAUACAUUGUGAAAUGCCACGUAGUAUUUGUUGUCAGAGCAGUGCUUUUUAACCCACUGAGGUGUGUGUUGGAAUCCAGCCCAGGAACUGUUCAUCUCCUUCGAUGAACCCUCAGCCUCCAACAGUUAAAUGAUUUUUAAGGCGGUCAUUUAACUGCACAAAAACCUACAAACAGAUUGGAAUUCAGCGACUAGGAUAUUGCAAGGUCUGCAGAUGCUGGAAGUCAGAGUCGAUAAAAGGUGGAGCUGGAGGAGCACAGCAGGUCAUCAGUCCUGAAGGGUCCUGACCUGAAAACAUUGGUUUUCCUGCUCCUCUGAUAUUGUCUGACCUGCUGCAGUCCUCCAGCUCCAUGUUUUAUCAAACAGAUUGGAAUUUAUGUCAGUGGUCUCACUGGAGCAGCAUAGAGGAUGGUGAAUGGGAAAUGGAAAUCUUCACAAAGGGACUGUUCUGAUGUUUGCAUUGGAACACAGGACAGUCUUCAACAGUAAAUUCUCCUGCCCAAGCAGCACCUAGAUCUCCAGUUAUGGACAAUCCUAGGGGUAAAUCCCAGCACUGGCGGUGGCAGCAGGAAAAUCAGGAAUAUCUUGCACCUGGGACGUAGGGACUUAGUCAUAAAAUGAGUCGGAGAACUUGCCUGAAGUAUAGUUCCUUUGAGUGGAGUGGGAUGUGUGCAGGGAAGAAGUGAGUGAAGCAGUGUUAAGGUUCACGUGGAGAUCUUCAGUGCAGUCCAAAGGAGCCUUUGCCCCUGGAGUUUUGAGGACCAUCCUCACUCAGUACCAUUGACUGCCACUGCACUUUGGCAGCUGUAGUCAGCACAGCCUCUGGUUAAAGAGACAGCAGGCCAGCUGUGCCCACUUCUAACCCAAUAAGCAUGAGUCAGAUUGAACUGUCCUUUUUUGGCAGAUGCCAGCAGGCUAUGCCCUGACAGGAAAUCCAGAGGGCAGCAGAAAAAAGCUCACAGCUUACCAACUGUUCUUUUCGCCGGACCACAGAAUACUCGCUCCUCAGGCAUACACAUUAAAAAAAUUGAGCCUAUUGCACUGGGAGGAGAUUUUGUGUGAUACCUGAGCUGGGUGCCCUUUGAAAGCAUUUCUGACAUUAAAACCUUCUGAUGAUCUAGAAACAAACCAGGGAGUGCACACUGGCCUGUUUCUCCAGUCUUAAUUCCCAGUGGAUUUAUCAUGAUGAAGGAGAGAUCUGAAGAAAAGACAAUGAAACAAGUUGAAGCUGAGGGAAAAUAGAAAGCCACUAAGCAACAUUGGGGAUGGGGCUUCUCUAGAGGCAGCUCAGUUAAUUUGAAGUGGAUAAGGUGGUCAUGAAGGCGUACAGCUUGCCUUCAGCCAGGGCAUUGAAUGUAAAAUUUGGCUAGUUAUGUUACAGCUGUAUAAAAUUUUAGUUAGGCCACAUAUGGAGUAAUGCAUACCGUUCCAGUCUCCACUUCACCAGAAGGACCUCGAUGCUUUGGAGUGGGUGCAGAGAGGGUUUACCAGGAUGUUGCCUGUUCCAGAAGGUUUUAGUGGAGAGAUUGGAUAACAUCUGGCAGUUUUCACUGGAAAAACGGAGGCUGAGUGGUGACCUGAUAAGAGGCCUACAAAAUUGUGAGGGGCAUAGCGCGGGUGGAUGGUCAGAGGCUUUUUCUCAGGGUGGAAUUGUCAACUACAAGAGGGAACAGGUUCAAGGUGAGAGGAGGAAAGUUUUCAGAGUUGUGGAUGCCUGGAACACAGCUAGCGGAGAUGGUGGAAGCAGGCACGUUAGCAAUGUAUAAGGCAUAUCUUGUAGAAACCACACAUUGGCAAUAAGUAGUGGAUCUAAAUAAGGACCUUGAAUGGGUGCAGGCUUGGUGGGUAUACGGGCCUCUUCCUGUGCUGUAUUGUAUUGACAUGAAGUGGCCAGUUCACGUGCAGCCGAAGAAUAGUGUCUGUACAAUCUGCAUUUGGGUUUUUUUUGGCCUGUUAUGCCGUAGAUUUGUCAUUGCAUCAAAAAUGAGCCUCCCAAAUGCAACAAGGUUUAAGACCAAACUCUUAAACUGAAGAAAGUAAAGGACCAAUGAGACUUUUUAAGGAGAUUGUAUGUGCUAAUGUAAACAAUCCCACUCCUGAAUUACACGUUUCAGGUUUUUUCUCUCUCUCUCUGGCCCCUUGAGAACAUUAGUAUCAUAAUCUUUAAUUUUUGAAUUUAAUUCCCCCAGCUUUUCUUAUAAAUCCAGAAAAUAAUUUAUUCAACAUCGUUGUAUGUCUCUAAUUCGGCUGAUCUGGUUGGUGAUCACCCCUCUUCGAAAAUGCAGUUGUUUAGGCCAGUAAGACACUGCAUGGUUCAGUGCGUGGACCGUCCUGAUAGUGCUGGUAGGUUGUGAUGUUGACAAAUGACUAAAUUGAGGAACCAUAGUCCCUGGGACUGUGUUGUUCUUGUACAAGCUGUAUUUGAUACCAUUCUGGGUUCCUUUACAAGCUGAUGGUUAUAGAGUGACAAAAUACCUUUGACAGCGGUCUAGGUUCCAAAUGAUGUCCUUUGAGUUCCACUUUAUCAUUCGGCAAUUCCAAGUCAGAAAACACAUCCUGGUUUCAUGCUCCUAAACUUGUUUGAUACGCCUCUGGUAGGAUUAGGUAUUACAUGAAGCAAUAGCGUUUUUACGACCACUGGUAAACCAAAUCCUCUGUUGUAGUGAUGCAGAUGAACCACAUUGAAUGCAUUAACUUGUGCAGAGCAAAAAUUGCCGAUUACCAGUCUUAGAACAGGUUAUACUACUGCGUAUUAUGGGAACAAAUUGUGCCCUGGGAAUUGCUUACAUACAAUUUACAUGUGAGUAGAUUACCUUUUUAAUGACAUGACAUUUUGUAUAUAGUUUAGAACAGUAUUAAGAAUUUGUAUACUGGUAUGGCAGUAAUAUUUUGGGUCUACCCCAAAAUACCACUAUACUUUAUUAGCAUACUGCCUGUAUUCUGUACAACUGAAACAUUGUAUGUCACACGUAAUA